CAGAAUUAUACAAUGGACUGAAUCAAAUUGGAGCACAAACCUGUUACGUUCCUCGCAAUGCCUUUUACGCUCGUAAAAGGAUGGCUAUAGUAGCAUUUGAAUCUGAAGAAAUAAAAAAUCAUGCGAUAGGACAUACAUGGACCACAGAUAACUUCACAAUUAAUUUAUUAGAUAUCAAAAUUAAAACAUGCCGACGUUGCCAUGAUCCUGGACACUUGGUUAAAGAAUGUCCUAUUACACUUCGUACUUCAGCACAGACACAGAAACUACAAGAAAGAAUGGAUAAAUUUGGUAAUGUAUAA